AUGUGGACGGAAAAUGUCGCCUGGCAGGUUCACCACCAUCCUCACGACGCCAUGCUGGCCAUAUUCCGGAAGAAGACGCGCAUCUUCGCCUCGCUAGGCCUCGUCGUCCUCCUGUAUCUCCUGCUCGCCCUCGUCCCCGAGCGCCGCGAAACGUUAUUCGGCUUCACCUACGUACGGUCGACCUACGACUGGUCCCAGCAUCCGCUGCGGUACCCGAUAUCCGAGUACACGCCCCUUCCUACGGGCGCGCCCCGGUCGUUGCCUCCCGUUCAGUAUCGCUUCACGACCGACCCGAGCCCCGAGGGUGUCGCGAGGAGGGAACUCAUCGCCGACCGACGCGCCGAGGUGAAGGCCGCAUUUAUCAAGAGUUGGACCAGCUACAAAAACAUCGGCUUCGGCUACGACGAGCUGCUGCCCGUCUCCGGUAAAGGGCACGAUGUGCCUGGAUUCGGCGGGUGGGGCGCCACGCUCGUCGACUCCCUUCCGACCCUGUGGAUCAUGGACCUCAAGGAGGAGUUCUACGAAGCCACCGCCGCCGCCGCCACCAUCAACUGGGCCCGCACCAAGGACACCUCGUGCAACUAUUUCGAGACCACCAUCCGGCACCUCGGCGGACUCUUGAGCGCGUACGACCUCAGCCUCGAACGGGUAUUGCUCGAGAAAGCAAUCGAGCUCGGCGAUAUGCUCUACAUGGCCUACGACACGCCAAACCACAUGCCCCCCUUCUGGAUGGAUUUCUCCAAGGCGAAGAAAGGGCAGCUCGUGGCCGGGUAUCACGACCCGUCGGCGUCUGUCGCCACCUCGUCGCUCGAGUUCACGCGGCUCACGCAGCUAACCGGGAACAGCAAGUAUUACGACGCCAUCAAUCGAGUGACGCGGGUGCUGGAGGAAUGGCAGAACCGAACGAGCCUGCCCGGGAUGUGGCCGGUCUUCUUCGAUAUGGCCCAGCUGGAGCUGGACAGCGAUAACAGCUUCAGCCUCGGCGCGCUAGCCGACAGCCUGUACGAGUACUUGCCCAAGACCUUCGCCCUGCUGGGAGGUCUGGAGCCGGUAUACGAAAAGCUGUACCGCGGCGCGAUGGAUACCGUCAUCGAGAACCUGCUGUUCCGUCCGAUGACGCCGAACCAGGACGACGUCCUCUUCUCGGGGAGCGUGUACGUCACGCCCAGCACGGGCCCGUACUUGACUGCGGAGUCGCAGCACCUCACCUGCUUCGCCGGCGGCAUGUUUGGGCUCGGCGGCAAGCUCUUCGACAUCCCCGAGCACGUCCAGAUCGGCGAGAGGCUCGCGCGGGGCUGCGUGUGGGCGUACGAUGCGAUGCCCGCCGGCAUCAUGCCCGAGGUCUUCACCCUCUUCAAGUGCGAGACGCUGGAGCCGUGCCCGUGGGACGAGGACGAAUGGCUGAACGGGGCUAACACGCAGCUCACGAGGGGCUUCAAGACCGCGCGCGACCCGCGCUACCUCCUGCGGCCCGAGGCUAUCGAGAGCGUGUUUCUGAUGUACCGCAUGACGGGGAACCCCGAGUACCAAGAGAUGGCGUGGAAGAUGUUCCAGUCGAUUCGGAGGGCGACGGAGACGAAGCUGGCAUUUUCCUCAAUCCAGUCGGUGCGGAACGCCGAGACCGUAAAGACGGAUUCUAUGGAGAGCUUCUGGUUGGCGGAGACUCUCCGAUACUUCUACCUGAUAUUCUCGCCACCAGAUCUUAUCAAUCUGGACGAGUACGUGCUCAAUACGGAAGCGCACCCCCUGAAGCGGCCCAGGUGA